UCGCUUCAUAAAAAUAACCUCAUCGCAAAUAUCUGUUCUGUUUUUACUGUGCUGUUUGUUUAUCAAUUUACUACGUAGCAUACGUGUUUGUUAUUAAACUAUAUCACAACAUUUAAUCAUUUAAUAAUAAUAUCAAAAAUUCUCAAAACAACAUUGCUGACUAUUCAAUAAGAUUAUCAGUUUGAGCAGUUAGUGACGUACUUACAAAAUGUCACAUUCAAGAAGUAGCCAUGGCAACAGGCGUAAUCGCAACCAUCAUCAGGGCAACAAAAAUAAAAUAAACUUCGGUGAUAAAGGUAAAGAAAUUUUACAUGACAUUGAUGAAAGUAAUCCAGUAAUCCAACAAUUCCGUGGGUAUGCAUCAGAACUUGAUGAUAAACAUGAUCGUUAUGAGCGUAUUGUUAAAUUCAGCCGUGAUAUUACUAUUGAAAGCAAACGCAUAAUAUUUUUAUUGCAUACCAUCGACAAAGAAAGCAAAACAGACGCAAUCCUAAAUGAAGCUAAACUACGCUUGGAUAAUUUAGCAAAAACUUUAUUUAAAAAUAUUGCCCACGAGUUAAACAAUCAAGAUCCGUAUCAGUACUUACGAGCCUACACAGCUGGCCUUCAAGAGUACAUAGAAGCAAUGACGUUUUAUAAUUAUUUGAAGGAUGAUUCUUUAUUGGAUUGGACAGAGGUUGAUAAGAAUCUCACCUACGCAGACCAGACAACAGAAGAAAAUAAAAAUGCUGAUUUGGAUGAUUUGGAUGACUCUCCGUCCGAGUACAGGACACUGAUGACACCAAACGAGUACAUUCUUGGGGUUGCUGAUCUUACUGGUGAAUUAAUGCGUAAAUGUAUAAACAAUUUAGCUUUUGGUGACAUUGCAAGUUGCUACAAAACUUGCAAUUUGGUUAAAGAAAUUUAUAAAGGGUUCCUCGGCUGCUCUGGUAAUUCAAGCAAGGAAAUUCGCCGUAAGCUCUACGUUCUGAAACAAAGUUUAGUUAAAAUGGAAAACGUUUGUUAUACUAUUAAAGUACGUGGAUCAGAAAUGCCGAAGCAUAUGCUUGCAGAUGCUGCUAUUGCUUCUGUUGAAAAUUAUCCACCCGAUGAUGACGAAGGCUAUCAAGCUUAUUAAAUAAUUUAUAGUACUUCAACUUGAUUAAAAUUUUUAUACCUAUUUCUUAUCUUUUGUAACGUUCAAGUACUGUAAUUAUAAUUACAGUGAAAAUAAUUAAACUAAAAUAUAACUUUUGUAAUAA